CGAUUUGUCCUUAGCAAAAUUUUCCAUAAAUUUUUAUGGUGAAAGGUAACAGCCAUGAAGCUUCUCUUUCUCUACCAACAGAGUCAACGAUCUGUAUUCAAUAUACACAACCUGCAAUAGGCUUCUUAACCCUUUUAAAAAAAUUCAAAUUCCAACAAGAUAACAGAGAAGAUGAUUCUGCUUCUUUGUCCCCUUCAUCAGUUCCUCCAUCUUCUUUGUCUCGAACUUGGAAGCACCAAGUCUUCCCGAGCUUCCAUGGGGCAGAUGUUCGAAAAACCUUUCUUAGUCACGUCCUAGAGGCGUUCAGAGGAAAGGGAAUUGACCCAUUUAUUGAUAAUAGUAUCGAGAGGAGUAAGUCAAUCGGUCCUGAGCUCGUAGAAGCUAUCAGAGGAUCAAGGAUUGCGAUUGUCUUGCUCUCGAGGAACUAUGCUUCUUCGUCGUGGUGCAUGAACGAGUUGGUGGAGAUUAUGAAGUGCAAGGAAGACUUGGGUCAAAUAGUGAUAACCAUUUUCUAUGAAGUUGAUCCAACUCAUAUAAAGAAACAGACCGGAGAUUUUGGGAAGGUUUUCAAAGAAACUUGCAAAGGUAAAACAAAGGAAGAGAUAAAGAGAUGGAGAAAAGCUUUGGAGGGUGUGGCCACAAUCGCUGGUUACCAUUCAAGCAACUGGGAUAAUGAAGCGGCCAUGAUCGAAAAUAUUGAUUGGAAUAUUCUAAUUAAACAAGUUGAUUAAUGCUACACCGUCAAGGGAUUUCGAAGCAUUGAUUGGAAUGGGAGCUCAUAUGGAAAAUAUGCGAGCAUUGUUACGCCUAGAUUUAGAUGACGUGAGGAUGAUUGGGAUAUGGGGUCCGCCUGGGAUUGGUAAGACCACUAUCGCUAGGUUUCUGUUAAGCCAAGUCUCCAAGAGUUUCCAACUGAGCACAAUCAUGGUGAAUAUCAAAGAAUGUUAUCCAAGUCCUUGUCUUGAUGAAUAUAGUGUACAGUUGCAACUUCAAAACAAAAUGUUGUCUAAGAUGAUCAACCAGAAAGACAUCAUGAUUCCUCAUUUAGGAGUAGCACAAGAACGGUUGAAAGACAAGAAGGUGUUUCUAGUACUUGAUGAUGUGGAUCAGUUAGGACAACUAGAUGCAUUGGCGAAAGAAACUAGAUGGUUUGGUCCUGGAAGUCGGAUUAUCAUCACAACAGAAAAUCUAAGACUUUUGAUGGCUCAUAGGAUCAACCAUAUUUACAAAGUAGAAUUUUCAUCAACUGAUGAGGCUUUUCAAAUCUUCUGUAUGCAUGCCUUUGGUCAAAAGCAUCCCUAUAAUGGUUUCUAUGAGCUUUCUCGGGAAGUUACUGAGCUUGCUGGUGGGCUCCCUUUGGGAUUGAAGGUCAUGGGCUCGUCCUUACGAGGAAUGUCCAAGCAGGAGUGGAAAAGGACACUACCAAGGUUAAGGACAUGCCUUGAUGGAAAAAUUGAGAGCAUUUUAAUGUUUAGCUACGAGGCCUUAAGUCAUGAAGACAAAGAUUUGUUUCUUUGUAUAGCUUGCUUUUUCAACUAUCAAAAGAUUAAGAAGGUGGAAAAACAUCUUGCUGAUAGGUUCUUGGAUGUGAGGCAAGGGCUUUAUGUCUUAGCCGAAAAAUCUCUCAUACAUAUAGGCACGGGAGCGACAGAGAUGCAUACUUUGCUAGUGCAACUAGGUAGAGAAAUAGCUCAUACACAAUCAACUAAUGACCCUAGAAAAUCUCUUUUUUUGGUUGAUGAAAGAGAGAUUUGUGAGGCCCUCAGUGAUGAGACAAUGGAUAGUAGUCGACGUAUUAUAGGGAUGGAUUUUGACUUAUCUAAGAAUGGGGAGGAAGUUACAAACAUAAGUGAGAAAGGUCUUCAAAGAAUGUCUAAUCUCCAAUUCAUAAGAUUUGAUGGUAGAAGUUGUGCUCGACAUUCUUCGAAUCUCACAGUAGUAAGAUCUUCUGAUAAUAAUUGUGCUCAUCCCGACACAGUGAAUGCACUACAAGAUCUGAACUAUCAAUUUCAAGAAAUUAGAUUACUGCAUUGGAUAAAUUUUAGGAGAUUAUGCUUGCCUUCUACUUUUAAUCCGGAGUUUCUUGUUGAACUUAACAUGCCUUCUAGCACGUGUCAUACACUCUGGGAAGGAAGCAAAGCGCUUAGAAAUCUCAAGUGGAUGGAUUUGAGUUAUUCUAUAAGCCUGAAGGAGCUUCCUGAUCUUUCAACUGCCACUAAUCUUGAAGAGUUAAUUCUUAAAUAUUGCGUAAGUUUAGUGAAGGUCCCAUCAUGUGUUGGAAAACUUGGCAAACUACAAGUUUUGUGUCUCCAUGGAUGUACAAGUAUCUUGGAGCUCCCCUCCUUCACCAAAAAUGUCACUGGCCUCCAGAGUUUAGAUCUCAAUGAGUGCUCAAGUUUGGUGGAGCUCCCUUCUUCGAUUGGGAAUGCCAUAAAUCUCCAAAAUUUGGAUCUUGGAUGUUUAAGGCUGCUUAAGCUUCCUUUGUCUAUUGUGAAGUUCACUAAUCUCAAGAAAUUUAUCCUCAAUGGAUGCUCAAGUCUAGUGGAGCUUCCCUUUAUGGGAAAUGCCACAAAUCUCCAAAAUCUUGAUCUUGGUAAUUGUUCUAGUUUGGUGGAGCUCCCAUCUUCUAUAGGAAAUGCCAUUAAUCUUCAAAAUCUUGAUCUUAGUAAUUGUUCAAGUCUGGUGAAGCUUCCUUCCUUUAUCGGAAAUGCCACUAAUCUCGAGAUUUUAGACCUCCGUAAAUGCUCAAGUCUAGUGGAGAUCCCUACUUCUAUUGGACAUGUCACUAAUCUGUGGAGAUUAGAUCUUAGCGGAUGCUCAAGUUUAGUGGAACUUCCCUCAUCUGUUGGAAACAUCAGUGAACUCCAAGUGUUGAAUCUCCAUAACUGCUCAAAUCUGGUGAAGCUUCCCUCUUCUUUUGGACAUGCCACUAAUCUGUGGAGAUUAGAUCUUAGCGGAUGCUCAAGUUUAGUGGAACUUCCCUCAUCUAUUGGAAACAUCACAAAUCUCCAAGAGCUGAACCUUUGCAACUGCUCAAAUCUGGUGAAGCUUCCCUCUUCUAUUGGAAACCUUCAUCUAUUGUUCACUUUGAGUUUGGCAAGAUGCCAAAAGUUAGAGGCUCUUCCGAGCAAUAUCAACUUGAAAUCUCUUGAACGACUUGAUCUCACCGAUUGCUCGCAGUUUAAAAGUUUUCCUGAGAUUUCCACAAACAUUGAAUGCCUCUAUCUUGAUGGAACCGCAGUAGAAGAAGUGCCUUCAUCAAUCAAGUCUUGGUCUAGACUCACUGUGUUGCAUAUGUCAUACUUCGAAAAACUCAAGGAAUUCUCGCAUGUUCUAGACAUCAUAACGUGGCUAGAAUUCGGAGAAGAUAUACAAGAAGUUGCUCCAUGGAUCAAAGAAAUCUCUCGUCUACAUGGACUUAGACUCUACAAAUGCAGAAAGCUUUUAUCACUCCCACAGCUUCCAGAAUCUCUCUCUAUCAUAAAUGCUGAAGGUUGUGAGUCCUUGGAGACACUAGAUUGCUCUUACAACAAUCCCUUGAGUCUUCUUAAUUUUGCUAAGUGCUUCAAACUGAAUCAAGAAGCGAGAGACUUCAUCAUCCAGAUACCGACCAGUAAUGAUGCGGUCUUACCCGGUGCAGAAGUGCCUGCAUACUUCACUCACCGAGCUACUACUGGAGCUUCCUUGACCAUCAAGUUAAAUGAGAGGCCUAUUUCUACAUCCAUGAGAUUUAAGGCUUGUAUCGUACUGAUUAAGUGUGACAAUGAUGAAGCUGGUGAUGAUGGGAGUUCGUUGAUGGUACAUGUUGACAUCAUGGACAAACAAAAUGGUCUCAGUGUUCCGUAUAGUCCAGGAAUCUAUACUAUAUAUCCACUUUUAACAGAGCACCUGUACAUAUUUCAAGGUGAAGCAGAGGAGGUCACUUCCACCGAGCUCAUGUUUGAGUUUGAAACAAUGAGUAACAAAUGGGAUAUAGGAGAAUGCGGGAUCAUCUUGGAAGUCCCUUCAAGUUGAUGCUUAUGAUGAUAGCUUCAACGAGGCGUUGAUGAAGAUAUGGAGAGAAAUACAAACAAUGACAAUGAAGAGAAGGAGAAGAAAUAAUCAAAGUCAUGAGUGGAAUCUGAAAUCCAUGUGAGUUUUCAGAAACAGUGCUAUCCACAAAACAAUUCAGGUACGUGGACUGUCUUAGGCAUAUGGUUCAACAUAUUCAAGAUCAACCAGGAAUCCUCCAUAAGAAAAUAGAGAAUGAAUAGUCUUCUUUGUGUAAUGGAACUUCUCGGAAUCAAUGAAUGUUUUAGAUACCUUGGGAAGCUAUUUAUUAGCAAAACAAGUGACGCUGCUCUAGUUACUAUUGUUAAUAUUCCUCUUAAAAUGUUUAAUAGAACGGAGUCUCAUGGAAA